GAAACAGUUUGCAUCUGAACACCAGGUUGAAAGGAGAGUCACUUUUAGCUCGAAGACAUGCUGGAUCAGGUAGUGCUCAUUGCAGGAGUAACGGUGUUGGGUGUGUUAGAGCAAGCUUACUUCUCUCUACAGGUGAUUUACGCCAGACGCAAGUACUCCGUCUCCCCACCCAGCACCUCAGGGCCUCCAGAGUUUGAGAGAGUCUUCAGAGCUCAAUCCAACUGCUCUGAAUAUUUCCCGAUCUUCAUCAUCAUCCUAUGGGUGUCUGGACUCUUCUUCAGCCAAGGUCUGUCAGCACUAUGUGGACUCCUAUACCUGUACGGGCGCUACCAGUACUUCAGGGGCUAUGCUAAAUCGGCACAUGGACGACUAGCCCCUCUGUAUUUCAGUGCCAAGGUUCUGUGGGUUCUGAUCGGGUUCUCCGUCCUGGGGAUUCUGGGUUCUAUGUGUCGGUUCUACCUGGAUCUGGACCUGAAGCAGCUCGCCAGCUCUGUCCUCGACCUGACUGAGGAAGAGGGUGGGGGACUAUAAGGGCUGAGCAGGAGGAGAAGAGCUUAAAGGAGAGAUGAUGGGAUACACUAACAACUGUAGACAAGCUACCUUCAUUGCCAAAUCAAGACAACAAAAUGGAAUGGUUGAUUGAAGUAGGGAAAGAUGUGUUCCAACCUUGAGCUGCAGGUUUGAAAUAAUAGAAGUGUCGGGUCUAGGCCUAUCGUAGGCUAUUUUACGAACUGCUUGUGUGCCAUUUAGACUGAGGUUACAGUCCCCCUAAACCAAGGCAUGUUUCAGACUGAAAUAUGGAACAAAAACAUUUUUUUGAUGAAAACAAACAGGGUAGGCCUAUCCAUUAAUUAGUAAAGUUCGUUUCAUCUUUUCCAAAAACCUGCAUUCCAAGUGAUAGCUCACAUCAAACACAGCCAAAAGAAACCCACAUUUGGCAGGUGUUAUCUAAUGGUUAAGAAGGGAAACAUUUAAGCUUUCUAAUGCUGUUAUUAACUGUAUUUUUUUUAAAGUUUUUUUUUUUAUUAACAUCAAAUCAAUACAUUAAAGCACAUGAGGGAACACAAGCAUACAUAGAUUACAAACAAUGGACAGGUGAGCUAGGGGGUACAAUAUCACAUUACAAUUACACAAGGACCUUAAGGGACAUGCAUAUACUUACAAUUCUAACAGCUUUUUUGUUAGUAGAGCAUUUAACCAUUUUAAAAUACAGUUCAAUUUCUUUUUGUAGGAUACGAAAAUGUGGUUUUCUGUUUGUAAAUUUACAUUUGUGUAUAUGAAAUUUGGCCAAAAGAAUAAUGAAAUUAAUAACAUAAAAAUGAUUCCGCUUAUUUCUAUUGUAUGUAAAGAAUCCAAACAGUACAUCUCUCCACAAUAGUGUAGAAUCUUCAUACAUGUGUUCAAUUAUAAACCUACUGAUGUCUUGCCACAGUUUUCUUACAUGCAUACAAUGCCAAAAAAGAUGCACAACUGUUUCUGGGUGGUCAUUACAAAAGGAGCAAUUUGAGUUGAUGUUUUCCUUAAACUUCUUCAUAUAGUGGUUGGCUGUUAACUGUAUGUCUCAUCUCAUACUAUUAAGCGGAUUACUCAUACUAUUAAGCGAACAGUGAUAUUGAUUUGAAAGAAGCACCUGUUUGGGUAGCGUGAGUCGCAGCUCAAAUUGCGCUUGUAGUCCUUCAUUUAGCAAACCACCUUGCAACUCCAGUAGGCCUAAGUGUUUUUCAAUUUAGACAGAAUAUAGGCCUAAGCAUUUUAUUUAGUUGUCCAGUGUGCUAGCUAGCCGGUGUGUUUAGUGUCAUUAAUUUGCCAUAAGAAAAAUGCUUGUGGAAAAAGCAACUCCCUUGCAAUCAUUAUUGCUAAAUAAUAAAAUGUAAUCUUACUUCACUUGUCUACCAUUAGGCUACUGUAGAAGGUUAAAAGUAUAUAAAUUAUCCACAUGUCCUUGUAAAAUUAACAUGCAAUUUUUUUAACUGAAAAAAAGUGGUUAGACUGUAUGUGUGCUGAUGCAUCCAAACAAUGUUAAAGCCCCAUGCUAUUUUAUUUUGAAAUCAUUGUAUGUCUAAAUCUGUUUAUCUAUUGAAAAUAACUCAAUAUAUUUAUAAUUUAUUUCCCAGGGCCUCCUUUUGCCAUUGAAAUGUUCAGUCUGAUAUUGUGGGUGUGUUGAUAAAAAUGUAAAGAUAUUUACAUACUCAGCCCUGAUUGGUGGCUAGAAUCAUCUAGACCAGGGAUGGGCAACUGGUGCCCCAGCACUCCCUUUGUAGGCCCGCGGACCAAUUUCCAAAGACCAAAGAAAAGAUUGUUGCGAUCUAAACUUGCAGUACUCGUGGUUGAAUUACCAAACAUUUCUCUCCACUCAAUUACAAAAUGUGUAGAAUUGCAGUAAGUUAGCUGUAAAACUGCACAUUUUUCUCUGCCCCAUGGCAAAAUGAGUAGAAUUGCAUGAAUUGCAAGUGUUUAUAAAAUGGCUAAAUCUUCUCUCCACUCCAUUGCAAAAUAUGUAGAUUUUCAGCAAACUUGCUUUAAAACUGCACAUUUUGCUUAGGGCCUCAAAGGCUAGGGUCUGCUCUGACUGCAUGUCUGGGUAUGCAGACCCACGAGCCACUACGGCCUCCCAUGAUGAGUUCAGAUUUUUUGUGGCCCUCACCCCCAUCGAAGUUGCCCAUCCCUGGUCUAGACUUUCUCUAUCCUACCCCGCGUACCCAUUCAAAGUAGGAGGAUACACAUGCAAAUAAAAGAUGACUGGUCAUUGGUCAGAAUAAUUCAAUUCUGAUGUCAUUAUCUGGACCUAAAAUGCCAUCUCACCUAAAGAAAUAUACUAUACAUUUUAACGAUUAAAUGGGCCAAAUUCUGUGCAUGUUAACUGACCAUUUUAUUUUGGGUAAGGUAAACAUGACCUGUUUUUGGCCAAUGGGCAAGUGCCUUUGAGAGCUGGAAGGCCCAAUGCAGCUGUUUCUAUAUCAAUAUCAAAAAUGUCUGCGUAACACAUGAGUACCUUACAGUAAUAGUUUUUCAUUAAAAUGGACCAAAAUAGCUUUUUAGCUAAACUGUAUUUUUCUAGCAAGAAUUUUGCUACGAGUAACUUGGAUUGAUCUUAGUGGGGAGGAGAAUUUAAUGAAGCUGUUAUUAGCAGUGAGGUUAGGAACGCUGUUUUUGGUCUAUUAACCAACUAUUUGCCUGGUGAUGUCAAUCCCAAGCUAAAGCCCAUUCAAACAGGCUGAUUAGAAGGUCCUGUGUAGAUUGUAUUUUCAACAAGCAACUAUCAGGAAAUAACACUUCAUUUUUUCACAAGUUUAAUCAGCUUUUGAACAAUAUGAUAUAAAAACACAGGGAAAACAGAUUUUUGAUUGCACUGGGCCUUUAAUGACAAGUAUAUUGUGUGAAAUGGUUUUUGGAAUCCCCUGUUUUCCAUUGGUGAUUUAGUUUGUUGUAUGGCCCAGUGAUCUGUGCUGGAUCUUAAAGUGUUAAACCUCAACAACAAAAAAACACAUUUGGAUUACUGUUGAUAAUUGAUAUCUGCGCAUCUGUACAUUUUUAUUUGAAUGCAAUCUUUGGUGAGAUGUUCAUUUGCACUCAUUUACUUUGUAUUGAAAUUGUGUCUUCAUAAAUAAAGCAGCUAACUUUGUGAAUGUUAAA